UUUGGACCAGACAGAUGGUCGGUGACAGAUUGCACUUGUACAGAGAAGAGCCAGGGACCAAAAAACUCUUAAGAACUGCAGUGGGAGUUUGAUGGGACUUCACUGACACAUAUCUGCACAAUUAACAGACAACACUCAUGGAGAGAACUACAACUUUCCCCCUGUUCUCUGGCAACCACAGCAACAGCACUUGUUCCCGUGACAACGUCUUGAAGACAGUGUUUUUUCCCAUCCUCUAUUCCUUUCUCUUCUUGGUGGGGCUUUUGCUCAACGGCGUGGCUGUCUGGGUGUUUUUCCGCAUACCUUCCAAGUCUUACUUCAUUAUAUACCUGAAGAAUAUUGUGGUUGCAGAUGUCGUCAUGACCUUCACAUUCCCUUUCAAGGUGUUAGCAGACUCUAACAUGGCUUCCACUGGGCUGCGUAUAUUUGUGUGUCGCGUCUCCUCCGUGCUCUUCUACCUCACCAUGUACAUCAGCAUCCUCUUCUUCGGCCUCAUCAGCAUCGACCGCUGCAGAAAGACUCUCAAGCCCUUUAGGGGAACUAACGCAGCCCGGUUGACCCGUCGCAAACUCCUCUCAGGAGCUAUCUGGACCUUUCUGCUGCUUCUCUGUCUGCCCAAUGUGAUUCUGACAAGUAAAACUCCAACAACUCCACAUUUCAAGUGUAGUGACCUGAAGACAAAUGCUGGGCUCUUCUGGCAUGAGGUGGUAAAUCAUGUCUGUCAAGUUAUUUUCUGGGGGAACCUGGUGACUGUGAUCGUAUGCUACACUCUGAUCACCAAAGAGCUGUAUAGAUCCUACUCACGCACGAAGGCCCACAGCGCUGGAGGGACUAUAUGUCGCGCACCAGAUGGAGCAUCAACUCGGAAACCCCACCAAGCCAAAAGAAAAAUGAAUGCAAAUGUGUUCCUGGUCCUGGCAGUGUUCUUUGUGUGCUUUGUGCCGUUUCACUUUGCCCGUGUGCCGUACACCAUGAGCCAAACCCGAGGGGUUCUCUUUGACUGUAAACUCAAGCUCUUCUUCUUUCAGCUGAAGGAAAGCACACUCUUCCUCUCGUCCUUAAACUCUGUUCUGGACCCUCUCAUCUACUUCUUCCUCUGUAAGUCCUUCAGGACCACUCUGUUCAAGACCCUGCAGCUGCCUGCUGGUACCUGCAGCAGACUCACAGGGAGAGCGUCAGAGACGGAUUCAGGCAGCACCACUCCGAGAGACUCCUCUGUCUGUGCAUAAAACCACCCGACAUGAAAAAAUCUUUUGUAACGUAGUAUCUGAAUGUGCACGUUCUGUAAUGAUUUCCUAACCCAAUCGUCAGGUAAAAAAGUUGGUAAUAUAUGUUACUACAGCCCAAUGUAAUAUUUGUAUGUUAUCAUGUAAUGGAUAUGUUGAAAUUUUAUGUUUUUUUACAUUUUAUCAAUGCUGUGGUUAACGUGGUUUAGGUUUAGGCACAAAAACAUUUUGGUUACGGUUAUGGUUAGGAAAAGAUCAUGUUUUGGCUUACAGUAUCUGGUUUUGGUGGCACUAUCGCAGCAGAAAACACUGCAAUGUCACAGGAAAAAAAACAACCACUUUUUGUGCCCUGUUGGAAAAACAGAAACAGGUGGCUAAAAAACACUUACGUUUGAGAGUGAAAAAGCAACUGGAAAAAAAUGCAAUUGGUUAUUAAAGCACAACCAGUUUUUCAGUGGUGGUCUGCUGCUUGAACUCCCCAAGGUGCCACUUCAUGCACUAUCCUCUCCAGGAGGUGAUGACAAAUUCAGCUGAUAGACCGGAGCGCCGCUCUGAGAGACUCCUUUGUCUGUGCAUAAAACUCCUGACAUGAUAAAGACUUUUGUAAUGUGAUAUCUGAAUGUGCACUUUCUGUGAUGAUGUCCUGGUGCUUUGCCAGAAAAAAUGUUGGUAUUGUAUGUGUCUGAAAACUAACUGGUAACUGCAAAUUGGUUGAAACUUAACGUUUAAAAAGUGUGUCUAAUGUAUAGUUAGGUUUAGGCACAAAAAUCUCUUGGUUAUGGUAAGGAACAAAAAAUAAAAAACAAUCGUGAUAUUAUCUCCCGUGGAAUAACAGCAGCGGGUUACUAAUCCAUAA